AAAUAUCUACUCUUCCGAUAUCUCUUCGAACCUCCCUUCCACAGUUCACUUUUCCCCACAUUCCCAAACACCAUGAAAGCUGUCGUUCUCGGUGCUGCAGGUGGUAUCGGCCAGCCGUUAUCGCUUCUUCUCAAGGCCAACCCUGCUGUGACAGAGCUCGCUCUUUAUGAUAUUGUAAACGCUCCUGGUGUGGCCGUGGACCUGUCUCAUAUCGCCACCCCUGCCAAAGUCGAAGGAUACCUGCCUCCCGAUGACGGCCUCAAGAAAGCACUGACUGGCGCUAAUGUCGUCGUGAUUCCCGCUGGUAUUCCCAGAAAGCCUGGCAUGGCUCGUGAUGAUUUGUUCAAGAUCAAUGCUGGUAUUGUCCGCGACCUCGCUACUGGCAUUGCCACUACGGCCCCGAAGGCUUUCGUCCUUGUUAUUUCCAACCCUGUUAACUCCACAGUUCCUAUCGUCGCGGAGGUCUUUAAGAAGCAUGGUGUCUUUGAUCCCAAGAGGAUUUUCGGUGUAACAACGCUCGAUGUCGUUCGCGCUUCGACUUUUGUUUCUGAAAUUCUUGGUGAUCGCUCGUUAUCACCGUCAGUCUCAGUUCCUGUGGUCGGUGGCCACAGUGGUGUUACCAUUGUUCCCCUGCUCUCUCAAUCUUCCCACCCUCUGCCAUCAUCCCUUGACGCCAGCGCCUUUGAUGCCCUCAUCAACCGCAUCCAAUUUGGUGGAGACGAGGUUGUCAAGGCCAAGGAUGGUGCUGGCUCAGCAACUCUUUCCAUGGCUUACGCAGGUGCUGAGUUCGCCGGGAAAGUUAUCCGUGCCGUAAAAGGCGAAAAGGGAAUCGUCGCCCCGACAUUUGUCAACCUUGCUGCAGACAAGACGGGUGGAGACGCCCUCAAGAAGGAGCUUGGAAAGGACCUGGAGUAUUUCUCUGCUCCGGUCGAACUUGGUGUUGAUGGUGUCGCCAAGAUCCGUGGUCUUGGUAAGAUCACUGCUGCUGAGAAGGCGCUUGUCCAGGCUGCUCUUCCUGAGCUCGCCAGUAACAUCGACAAGGGUGUUGCCUUCGUCGAGGCUCCCAAACUCUAAAUUAUGCUCUGGCGAUGGUUGAGAUCUGAGAAGUCAACCUGUAUAAAAUAUUGUAGAAAUCAAAGGGUUUGUAGAACGUAAAGCUAAAGCUAUUGGAAGGUGUACAAUGAAAUCAGAGUUACUUGCGUAUGGUCUUGG